AUGGGCUCUAGCCCUGUACCGGCGGUGACAUCGCAUGCAGCAAACAUACAGAACGGUGAUACGAAUACCAAUGCUAGUGUAAUAGGCAUACCCAACCACACAAACAAUACUGUGAUGGAUGCGCAGACAAGCGUUGGCGGUGUUGCUAUAGCAACUGCAGAUAGUGCUGCAAAGGUGUCGGGUCAAAUGCCUGCGGCAGCUCAAAGUGUGCCUGGAUAUCACACAACAUCAACAUCCCAGGUGCAGAUAUCGACACAACAGGCAGUACAGGGCCAAGGACAAGUACCUGGAAACAUUCAGGUGGCGAAUACGAACACCUAUACUCAAGAAACCACACCUGGGCAACACACCGCAUUUGCACAGGUGAGCUCAGCUACUACUAGUGCGGCGAAGAUAGCUUCACAUCAGUCUCCCACACUCAGUGCUACAGAGCCUACUCCCUCGACUGAGCCUGGAGCUAAGGGUGUGGAAGUAUCAUCAGCACUGCAGCAGGGGCAGACACAGACACGUGGGACUGUGAAUAGUACGCUAUCGACACAGCUACCAAUGCACACUACGUUGCAGAUGCAAGCUCAGGCGCACAUGACAACGUACCAAUCUCAACAACCACAGCAAACCACACACACGCCGCCACAGACAUAUACACAACCUCAGCCACAACAGCAACAACCACAAAGUAGCAUACCCAGCCAGCCCGUGCAGCAAAAUCAGGCCACGACCCAGGGACAGGUACAGACGCAUUCAUACACUCAGCAGCAACAGCAAGGACCCCCGCCACAAGCACAAGGCAUACAACCAGUACAAAGCCAGAAUGCUAUAUACACAUACCAGGGAAAACAGGCACGCGUAUCUCCACUGGCGCCACCUCAGACCUUUGCACAACCACAGGCGAACACGUACACACAAGCACAGCCAACUGCAUACACACCAACCCAACCGCAAGCAUACACACAGCAACCGAUGAAUACGUACGUACAGCCCCAGGCCAAGUCGAGUACGCCAACGAUGCAGGCCCAAUCACACAUGCAGCCACAGACACACGUACAAACACAGACGCAAGCAUUCACCCCGACAUCGACAUCGACACAGGCAAACGUAUCGCCUCAAGUGCAGGCACAAGGGCUGGUGAAGACGGGGGGUGGACCAGUACCAGCAAGCCAUACAAAUGUAACUUCAAAUAUGAGUGUGAAAGGGAGCGCAAACACAGCCGGUAACACCGGUGUGACUUCGAAUAGACCCUCGAAUGCAAGCUCGACUUCGAUGCCCGCGCAGAGCCCCUACAUGCACACCAAUAUGGGCACCUCCUCACCCACACCCACAACGAAUACGAAUCAGGGCAAUGCCAGCCCUAUACCCAAUACUACGGGCGCAUACGCUUACACCACAGCACCCACUUUGAAUGCACCAGGUGCAGGUCCCAAUGCCACGACCACGUACAAACCUACACCCGGUUCAAAUGCAGGCAGUCCGACUGUUGGGGCGACUUCGCGCAUGAGUGCGAGUACGGCCUCAGGCGCAAGCCCUGGUACGGUUACGUGUAUGGGAACUGUUCUUAUGAAAGGUGUGAGCCCUAUGUCUGGUGCUGCUACACAGGCCAAUGCGUCCGUUAAUGGGACAAAUGGGACAGCCCCUUUUCCUAUGGCCACCAGCCCAGCCCCGGCUUCAACCAUGACCGGUGGUGUGGGAAGGGCCAGUGGCAGUGGUGGAGUACCGCCGUUGUAUGCCGCUAGUAAUACGUUCACUCAGACGGCUGGGGGGAAUGCGAAUACUACUGCCAACACGACCAACACAAACACGUACACCCAGAAGAACACCACAUAUGCGCCCAGCAAUACGUAUGCACAGGCCACCACGCCUGCAGGCGCACCUGCCGGUACCCUUACCUACGCCCAGAAUACGGUCCAGGCCAAAACGGUACCAAAUUCUGGGCAAACAGGUGCGACAUUGGGGGCAAGGGUCAAGGACGAGCCGAUGGCCAAGCCUUUGUCGGCCCAGGAGUUGGCAGCCCAGUCUCUGGCGUCGGCGGGAUAUGGUACUAGCACCCUGAAUACGAACACAGGUGCAGGUGUAGGAACCAAUCAGAGGAGUACAGCAUCUCCGGGUCCUCAGAAUACCACUAUGUCCACAACAUAUACAACUGGGGCUACGACUGCUAGUAGUAGUGCGUAUGGGAGUAUACCUCCGGUGACGGCCGCCCCGACGCAUCCUACGCAGGCGUAUACAUACACAACCACAAGUACAAGCACGGUCCCAGGCACAAGUACAAGUGCAAACACAAAUAUGAACACAGACACACAUAUGAACUCAAAUACUAUCCCCUCACUCAACACACCCAUUGGCAGUCCUACGGCCCUAAACCAGGGCAUGAAGAUGGGGGGCUCCAGUACGAGUGCCAACGGUGGAUACACAAAACCCAAUGUUAUACCCACGAGUGCGAAUGGGGCCAAACCUUCCUACCCUGCGGGGCCUAAAUUAGGGCCUACGACGUCAACGAGUUCGAUGAUGACAACGGCGGUGGGGAUGGAGAGUGAUGUGGAGAUCCCUGGCGAAAAUAAAGAGGUGCGCAGGGCUCACCACAAUGCCUUGGAACGGAAACGGAGGGACCACAUUAAGGAGAGCUUCACCAGUUUGCGUGAUCAAGUGCCGCAGCUCAACGGUGAGAAGUCCAGUAGGGCCGCCAUCCUAAACUCCGCACGCGACUAUAUCACUGUGCUCAAGGGCACCAAUGGGCAGGUGGAGGCUGAGGUCGAUUCACUUACAAAAGAAAAUAUGUCUCUGCUUGACCAAAUUCGCGCGCUUGAAGCGGCGAUCGGACCUGCGGCGGAACCAGUGUACCCGGGAGGUCCGAAUUGUCAUACCACUGAGGCAUCCCCUUAUGCAUUUCAGGGCCUGAAUGGCCCUGUUCUUAAUCAAGGGGGCUUGCCAUAAAUGGGAUGCAAAAUAAAUUUAUAAUGAG